CGGGGUCCUUGGCUGUUGCCAGAGCAGGCGUUCUCUCGGGCGCACAUCUGCUGGGGUCCUCCUGUAGGCCGGCUCAGUCGGGGAGGAGGCGGCUAACAUGGCGGACGUGCUGAGCGUUCUGCGUCAGUAUAACAUCCAAAAGAAGGAGAUUAACGUCAAGGGGGACGAGGUCAUCUUCGGGGAGUUCUCCUGGCCAAAGAAUGUCAAAACCAACUAUGUUAUCUGGGGGACUGGGAAAGAGGGGCAACCACGAGAAUACUAUACACUGGAUUCCAUCUUGUUCUUGCUCAAUAAUGUCCAUCUCUCUCAUCCAGUGUAUGUGCGACGUGCUGCAACUGAAAACAUUCCUGUGGUUAGAAGACCUGAUAGAAAGGACCUUCUUGCAUACUUAAAUGGGGAAACAUCUACGUCUGCAAGUAUAGACAGAAGUGCACCGCUUGAAAUUGGUCUUCAGAGAUCCACACAAGUUAAACGAGCUGCAGACGAGAUCUCAGCAGAGGUAAAGAAGCCUCGGGUUGAGGAUGAGGAACGUGUCCGUCUCGACAAGGAGCGUUUGGCUGCAAGGCUGGAAGGCCAUAAAGAAGGCAUUGUGCAGACAGAACAAAUUCGAUCACUGUCAGAAGCAAUGUCUGUCGAGAAAAUUGCUGCGAUCAAAGCCAAGAUCAUGGCAAAGAAAAGGGGUACGAUCAAAACCGAUCUGGAUGACGACAUUACUGCAUUAAAACAGAGAAGCUUUGUAGAUGCUGAAGUUGAUGUCACAAGGAGUAUUGUCAGCAGAGAGAGAGUAUGGAGAACAAGAACAACUAUUUUACAGAGUACAGGCAAAAAUUUUGCAAAGAAUAUAUUUGCAAUUCUUCAGUCAGUAAAAGCAAGAGAAGAGGGCCGUGCUCCAGAGCAAAGACCAACUCAGACAGCAGCAGCAUCGGACCCAACAUUAAGGACCAAGCAGCCUGUCCCAGCUGCCUACAAUAGGUACGAUCAGGAAAGAUUCAAAGGCAAAGAAGAAACUGAAGGAUUUAAAAUUGACACUAUGGGAACGUACCACGGCAUGACUUUGAAGUCUGUGACUGAAGGUGCAUCUGCCAGGAAGACACAGACACCAGCUGUCCAGCCUGUGCCUCGUCCUGUUUCUCAAGCAAGGCCUCCUCCAAACCAGAAAAAAGGAUCACGUACUCCGAUUAUUAUUAUACCUGCAGCUACCACCUCUCUAAUAACCAUGCUGAAUGCAAAAGACCUUCUGCAGGACCUGAAAUUUGUUCCCUCAGAUGAAAAAAAGAGACAGGGAUGCCAGAGAGAAAAUGAAACUUUAAUUCAAAGAAGAAAGGAUCAAAUGCAGCCUGGCGGUACAAACAUCAGUGUUACGGUCCCAUACAGAGUUGUAGACCAGCCCCUAAAGCUCUUACCACAAGACUGGGAUCGUGUGGUAGCUGUGUUCGUUCAAGGUCCUGCGUGGCAGUUCAAGUGCUGGCCCUGGUUGUUACCUGAUGGAUCCCCUGUAGACAUAUUUGCAAAAAUAAAAGCCUUCCACCUCAAGUAUGAUGAAGUUCGAUUGGAUCCCAAUGUACAAAAGUGGGAUGUGACACUCUUGGAGUUAAGUUACCACAAACGGCAUUUGGACAGGCCCGUUUUCCUGAAAUUCUGGGAAACUUUGGACAGAUACAUGGUGAAGCACAAGUCCCACUUAAGAUUCUGAAGGCUCAAAAGUUUUCACUGCUGCUGGAGAAGAUCAGACAACUUUACUGCUUUCUAGAGAUUAGGACUCUAUUCAGAAUUGUAAAAUAAACUGGCAUGAACCUGACUUGCCACUAUUUUUGAUCUACGGACAGACUACAUCAAUUUACAAUCAGUGGAUUGCAUACUAUUUUUUAAAUAAAAUUUGCAUUGCUCACAAUUAAAAUUGUAUAUUUUGAUAGAGUGGGAAGAGACUUUUGUUUUAAUUUUUUCCAUGUAACUUUUUGUUUUUCCCUACAGAUACAGAAAUCUGAGGUAUGUCAGUGUUGCAUUCUUUAAACUCCCUGACGGUUUACCCCCCCUGCGCACCUCACCAAC